AUGACAAAACAAACAGUAUAUUUUAUUACAGGUGGAAAUAGGGGUAUUGGGUUCAACCUUGUUAAAGAGCUUAGCGAAAGAGAGAAUAACGUGGUGAUUACAACCGCAAGAAAACCAGAAGACGCCACUGAAUUAAACAAAUUAAUUAAAUCGAAUUCUAAUGUUCACGUAGUUAAAUUAGAUGUUUCUUCGAAGCAGAGUAACUUAGAUGCCGCAGGAGAAGUUGCAAAAAUUGCUGAAGGAAUUGAUGUCUUUAUUUCUAAUGCAGCUAUUGCAGAUAGUUAUAAGACUGUUUUAGAGACUGAUGAAGAACUUUGGACUAGUCAUUGGAAAACAAAUGUUCUCGGAAGUAUAUUUCUGUAUCAGGCAUUCUAUCCACUUCUUGCAAAAGGGAACGACAAGCAGAUUAUCUUCAUCUCCAGUCUUGUGGGUUCGAUUGGAGGCUUUUUUGAUGCUAGUGUUUCUGCGUAUGGUCAAUCCAAGGCUGCCUUAAAUUAUACUACUAAAGAAAUUAGUUUCGAGUUACGAGAGCAGGGUUUUACUGUGGUAGCUGUUCAUCCAGGAAUGGUUUCAACAGAUAUGGGAAAUCAUGGUAAGAGCAGAAUACUUAAAUCUGCACCACAUCUUAAGGAUGCAAUCGAAGGAUUAGUUAUCAACCCAGAGACUAGUGCCUCGUCCUUGCUUAGUGUAAUCGAUAAAUUGAGUACCGAUGAUAAUGGAAAAUUUAUUAGUUAUGAUGGUUCAGAACUUCCAUGGUAG